CCUUCAUGCAUGAGAUGGCAGUUUCCAAUAAACUAGGCGGCUCCUCAUUCGUGGAGUUGCGGAGAGCCCCCUUUUCGCCUUUGGAUGAAAAAUUGGUUAGGGGAUUAAGGUUUAGGUGUCCUCAACGCUAAGCCCUGUUAGCGCAUUUUAUCUGGCAGAGGACAACCUGUCUUCCACAAUCGGUUGUGAUAAAGACGCAGCCGAGAACUUUUGGUACUUCCAUCGUUCUUUUACUUUCGACAUAUCUGCAACAACACGACCUCCUCUCCCCCAACACCACUUUGAUCCAUAAUACCGAUCAUCAUGGCGCGAGGAAACAGUUCUCAGUUCUGGACUCUUCUCUGCCUAAUUUUCCUCUUAGCAGCUCCUUUGACUUUCAUUUCCACAGCACAAGCACAGUCCGAUCAAGAGCCAUUACAAGAAAACUAUGGCACUGUCAUCGGUAUCGAUCUGGGAACCACCUACUCCUGUGUCGGUGUGAUGCAGAAGGGCAAAGUCGAAAUUCUAGUAAACGACCAAGGACACCGAAUAACACCUUCAUACGUGGCAUUCACCGAUGAGGAGCGACUGGUUGGAGACGCAGCAAAGAACCAAGCUGCCGCAAACCCCAAGCGAACAAUUUUCGAUAUUAAGCGUAUGAUCGGUCGCAAGUUCUCAGAUAAGGAUGUUCAGGGUGACAUGAAGCACUUCCCCUUCGACGUUGUCGAGAAGGAUGGCAAGCCAUCUGUCAAGGUUGAGGUCAAUGGAUCCCCAAAGACCUUCACCCCUGAGGAGAUCUCGGCCAUGAUUCUUGGAAAGAUGAAGGAUGUAGCCGAAUCAUAUCUCGGAAACAAGGUUACCCACGCAGUUGUUACUGUUCCAGCCUACUUCAACGACAACCAGAGACAAGCUACCAAGGAUGCCGGUAUCAUUGCCGGUUUGAACGUCCUCCGUAUCGUCAACGAACCUACCGCCGCAGCUAUCGCAUACGGCUUGGACAAGAACGACGGUGAACGUCAAAUCAUUGUCUACGAUCUUGGUGGAGGAACCUUCGAUGUUUCUCUCCUCUCCAUCGACCGUGGUGUUUUCGAGGUUCUGUCUACAGCCGGUGAUACCCACUUGGGAGGAGAAGAUUUCGAUCAGAGAGUCAUCAACUACUUCGCCAAGAAGUACAACAAGGAGAAUGAUGUCGAUAUCACCAAGGAUCUCAAGACCAUGGGUAAGCUGAAGCGUGAGGCUGAGAAGGCCAAGCGAACUCUGUCUUCCCAAAAGACCACCCGUAUCGAAAUCGAAGCUUUCCACAAUGGCAAUGAUUUCUCCGAGACCCUUACCCGAGCCAAGUUCGAGGAAUUGAACAUGGAUCUCUUCAAGAAGACUCUCAAGCCUGUUGAGCAGGUCUUGAAGGAUGCCAAGGUCAAGAAGACUGAGGUUGACGAUAUCGUCUUGGUCGGUGGUUCUACACGUAUUCCCAAGGUCGUUGAGCUCAUUGAGGAGUAUUUCGGAGGUAAGAAGGCUAGCAAGGGUAUCAACCCCGAUGAAGCUGUUGCUUUCGGUGCCGCCGUUCAAGGUGGUGUCUUGUCUGGUGAGGAGGGUACUGAGGAACUUGUUCUCAUGGACGUCAACCCAUUGACCCUUGGUAUCGAGACCACCGGAGGUGUUAUGACCAAGUUGAUUCCCCGCAACACUGUCAUCCCAACCCGCAAGUCCCAAAUCUUCUCCACCGCCGCCGAUAACCAGCCAGUUGUCUUAAUCCAGGUCUUCGAGGGAGAGCGCACAAUGACUAAGGAUAACAACCAACUUGGAAAGUUCGAGCUUACCGGUAUCCCACCUGCGCCUCGCGGUGUUCCUCAAAUCGAAGUCAGCUUCGAGCUUGACGCCAACGGAAUCCUCAAGGUCUCAGCCUCGGACAAGGGUACGGGCAAGAUUGAGUCCAUCACUAUUACCAACGACAAGGGACGUCUCACUCAAGAGGAAAUUGACCGUAUGGUUCAAGAAGCUGAGAAGUACGCCGACGAGGACAAGGCAACCAAGGAGCGCAUCGAGGCUAGAAACGGCCUUGAGAACUAUGCCUUCAGCUUGAAGAACCAAGUCAACGAUGAGGAAGGUCUCGGAGGCAAGAUUGACGAGGAUGACAAGGAGACUAUCCUCGAAGCAGUCAAGGAAGCAACCGACUGGCUCGAAGAGAACCAAGCCACCGCCAACGCAGAAGAUUUCGAAGAGCAAAAAGAGAAGCUCUCAAACGUCGCCUACCCAAUCACCAGCAAACUGUACUCAGGAGCCGGAGGACCAGGUGGAGCCGAUGAUGACGAGCCCGAUUCCCACGAUGAGUUGUAGAAGAGAGGAUUUUUUUACUUUUUUUAUUACCAUUGCGUGCGUUGGCUUCUUUGCCUGGGGGGUUAGAGAAUGGGCUCUGGUGUAAAAUAAAAGCAUUAUAGGAGUGCCAAUGCAUACCCGGUUUUCGAUAGAUA